AUGGCCUUCAUAGGGUUUAUUCAACCAUUUGAUCCUGCAGCUGAGUCAUGGAUCUCCUGGGUGGAGAGGCUGGAACAGUAUAUGGAAGCGAAUAAUGUGACUGUUGAAAAGAGAAGUGCAGUUUUUCUCACUGCAUUGGGUCAAGCUGCAUAUGGAACCCUUAGAGACCUUGUUUCUCCAGACAAGCCAGCCUCUAAGUCCCUGCCUGAGUUAAUUCAGACGCUACAUACACACUACAACCCGAAGCCGUUGGAAAUCGCGGAGCGGUUUAAAUUCUACGGUAGAAGGCAGCAGGCCGGGGAGGAUAUAAAGACAUAUAUCAUUGCUUUACGUAAACUGGCUGCCACUUGUCAGUUUGGAGACUACCUACAGACGGCUCUCCGUGACAUGUUCGUCAUGGGACUCUGCGACCCAGCCAUACAGAAACGUUUACUCACAGAACCCGACUUGACUCUGACGAAAGCCACUGACCUUGCUACGGUCAUGGAGUUGGCAACACGGGACGCCACCCUACUGAAGGCACCACCUACAACUCCUGCAAGCCAGGGUGAGGAAAUAUUCCACACUGCUAUCACUCAACGCUCGAGACGCCCGUCCCCUGCCACUCAGCUUAAACCUCGCCACCCUAAUUCUUCUGUCUCUGGGACCCCGACUUGCUACCGUUGUGGUAACACUACUCACAGUGCGCCUGCUUGCAAGUUCAAGGAUGUCGUUUGUUUUCGCUGUGGGAAGACUGGUCAUAUUGGGCGCGUUUGCCGCAGCUCUCGCUCCCCGAACACUACCACUAAAGAUAGACGUAAACAGACAUUCCGUGUGGAUAUGGACAAUAACGGUUUUAGCUCUGAUGAGGAGACAUGUGUCCAGCAUGUUGGACUGUUUCGAGUAGCUGGGAGUACUCCAGCGAUUAAAGUGGAUGUCACACUCAAUGGCUGUCCUGUCUCCAUGGAUGUUGAUACAGGGGCAGCUGUGUCUGUCAUUUCAUGGACUGAUUUAAAGGCAUCGGGUCUGUCCCUGCCGCUAAAACCUACAAAGCUCACGCUACAAACCUACAGCAAGGAACUACUACAGCCCUUGGGUUAUGUAAAGCCCCUUGUUACAUUAGGCAACCACAGUCAAAGUCUACGCCUUUAUGUUGUAAGGAAUGGAGGUCCUCCGCUGUAUAGAAGGGACUGGAUCAAAGCCCUGGGCAUGCCUCCUUUUACCAUUGGCCAAUGUACAUUGCUUUCUAAAGUAGACCAUUGGGUGGAAUCCCUGAAGUCACGUUUUAAAGAGGUUUUUGAGGACUCUUUGGGCACCGUAAAAGGAAAGAUGGCCCACCUCCUCUUGAAGCCUGGUGCUACACCUCGUUUUUGUAAGGCAAGAUCAGUACCUUUUGCCUUGCGGAAAAAAGUGGAAGCAGAGCUGGACCACCUAUUGGCUGAAAAGAUCUUCUUAGUUGUACUGACACCUCAGCACACGUCUCGAGUGGCUUUUGUAGGUGCUCGUCUCCUGGUGCCUCCUUCCACCCGCGGAAUCAUAACGAAAGUGGAUAGAAGUGAAUGGGCAUCACCAAUUGUGCCUGUCAAGAAAAAGAAUGGAGACAUUAGGAUUUGUGGUGAUUUCAGGGUAGCUCUGAACAACCAACUUCUUGUGGAUCAAUACCCAUUGCCUCGACUUGAAGAUUUAUUUGGCUCACUGGCUGGGGGGCAAAAGUUUACAAAAAUAGACUUAAAGCAAGCUUACCUGCAACUGCAAGUACACCCAGAUUCACGCCAUCUGUUGACCAUUAACACUCAUAAAGGAUUAUUCCAGUAUAACCGCAUGGUUUUUGGCAUAGCCCCAGCUCCAGCCAUCUGGCAGCGGAUCAUGGAUGAGGUACUGGCAGGAAUACCUUUCACCCAAUGUCUACUGGAUGACAUGCUCAUCACUGGUCCCACUGAUGAAGAACACAGAAAGAAUGUUGAAGCUGUGCUAGGGAGACUCCAAAAGUAUGGUUUACGUGUCAAUCUGUCAAAAUGCGAAUUUCUCAAGUCUCAACUGGAGUUUUGUGCCCACACGGUGGACCGUCAUGGGUUACACACUACUGAAGAAAAGGUUAAAGCCCUUACCCAUGCCCCUACCCCCCGGAAUGUCACCCAGCUCAGGUCCUACCUUGGCCUCCUAAAUUACUACCACCGUUUCUUGCCGAACCUAGCGCACCAGCUCUACCCAUUACAUCGCUUACUGGAUGCAAGAGCUAAAUGGAUAUGGACAGACAAAUGUGAAGAAGCUUUUCGGCUUUCUAAAGAACUCAUUCUGUCUUCUCGAGUUCUGGUCCACUAUGAUUUAAAGAAACCCGUCAUCCUGGCUUGUGAUGCCUCGCCUUAUGGACUGGGUGCAGUGCUUUCCCAUGUCAUGCCGGAUGGCACGGAGCGCCCUAUUUCUUUAGCCUCCAGGUCUUUAACCUCAGUAGAACAAAACUACUCCCAGAUUGACAAGGAAGCUUUGGCCAUUGUAUGGGCCACAAAAAAAUUUCACGCGUACGUCUAUGGUCGGGAGUUCACACUUAUCACUGACCACAAACCUCUGUUGUCAAUACUGAACCCUCAGAAAGGAAUUUCUACAACAACCGCAUCUCGCUUACAAAGGUACGCUUUAUUUUUAGGAGCUUAUGCUUAUUCGAUCAGAUACCGCUCCCAUGAUACCCAUGGCAAUGCAGAUGCAUUUUCCAGAUUGCCACUAAGAGAUGACCACCCACUAAGAGAGGUACGUGUAGUGGAAGUACACAGGCCACAAUCUUGCAUGUCCACCUCCCUGAUUGCCAGACAUACAGCCACAGAUCCUUUCCUGUCUCAGAUAUUCUCUUAUGUUCAGACUGGAUGGCCAGGGAGUGUUUCAGGUGACUUUCGUCCGUACUUUGCCAGAAAAUGUGAGCUUGUGACUAAUGCUGGUUGCCUACAAUGGGGCAAUAGAGUGAUUGUACCCCAGUACUUGCAAUCAACCAUGCUAAGGAUACUGCAUGAAGGCCAUCCUGGUGUGGUGCGCAUGAAGCAGCGGGCCCGGAGCUAUGUUUGGUGGCCACAAAUGGAUACAGCAAUUGAAGAUUAUGUUGCUCAAUGUCCUGGGUGCUGUCAAGCCCAGCGACCCCAAAAGAGAGGAACCCUGCAACCUUGGCCAUGGCCAACAGAACCGUGGUCCAGACUCCAUCUUGAUUUUGCUGGCCCCAUCCAGGGUAAAAUGUAUUUGAUCGUGGUAGAUGCACAUUCAAAAUGGCCGGAGGUUUUUCAAAUGCCUUCUAUUACCUCAGCUGCUACCAUUCUAGUCUUAAGGAAGCUCUUUGCUCAAUUUGGCUUGCCUACAGCCAUAGUCUCCGACAAUGGAACUCAAUUUACAUCGCAUGAGUUUCAAUCCUUCCUUAGUGGUUUGGGUGUCCAACACUACAAAACAGCUCCUUAUCAUCCAGCUUCAAAUGGGCUGGCAGAACGAUUUGUGCAGUCAUUUAAGAAGCACUUACUGUCCACUCUGGACCAGGUUGGACUGUCAGAAGAGAAGCUGCUGGAAUUCUUGAUCAUGUACCGUAACACGAAACACGCUACUACUGGGCUGUCACCGGCUUUUCUUAUGUUUGGCAGGCAUCUCCGCACCAAACUUGAUUUAGUUCGUCUGCAGGAGCAGUCACCAACACCUCCUCCGCCGGGCCGUCUGGGAUUCCGUGCCGGUGAUCUUGUAUGGUCUCAGAAUUACAGAGCUUUGCCUCCUUGGCUUCCUGGCGUUAUUGAUGGAACUCUUGGCAGAAGAAUGUACCUUGUCCGCCUGGAGGAAGGCAUUUGUGUUCGGCGACACCUUUCACAAUUGAGGAAACGCAUUUGCCGGCCACUAGUGACAAAACCGACCCUUCUUUCUGACCACCCACCAGAGUCUACUCUGAACUCUGCUGGUGACAUAUGGCAUGGUGUCUGGCAUGAUCCCACAAGUUUACACCCAAACCCUGAACCGGUUGGUGACCAUAUUCCUGAGGAGCCCGGACAUGUGCCUGAAGUUACAGAGACUGAUUUGUCUGUGGGACGCCCACUGACAUCUCCAGUACCUUUGACUGACUUUAUUCCUCCCGGUGCUGUACCUCUGCGUAGGUCUACCCGUCAAAGACGUCAAACGCCUCGCUGGCAAAGUGCUGAAAUAUUACGGGACACAUUGGAGGUCAGGGAACAGAGACAAAGGGCUCAUGAAGUGCUGCGGAAAUCACAGAACUGA